UCACUGUUUCGGUCUUUCGUCAGCCAGAUCAGAAUCAACGCCAAGAUUCCACAUGGAUUGUUGACAUAUUUAAUUACAUUUGUCCUGUAACAAGUGAUUCCAAAUAGUGUAAAUAAUCAUUACAAUAAUCACGAAAAUUAACCUCAAAAUCAGCCAAAAUGGUUCUCUCGUGUCGAUUUUAUAAAGAAAAAUAUCCGGAAGUUGAGGAUGUUGUAAUGGUGAACGUACGGAGCAUCGCCGAAAUGGGAGCUUAUGUGCAUUUACUCGAAUACAACAACAUCGAAGGCAUGAUUUUGCUCUCUGAAUUAUCCAGGAGACGCAUACGUUCCAUUAACAAGCUCAUUAGAGUUGGUAAAACUGAACCGGUCGUUGUCAUUCGAGUUGACAAGGAAAAAGGUUACAUUGAUCUAAGUAAACGUCGUGUAUCAGCCGAGGAUAUAGAAAAGUGCACAGAACGAUAUGCCAAAGCAAAGGCAGUCAAUUCUAUACUCAGACACGUUGCUGAAUUGUUGCAUUAUGACAAUGAUGAUCAAUUAGAAGAGUUAUAUCAAAAGACAGCAUGGCACUUUGAGGAGAAAUACAAGAAGCAAAAAGCUUCGGCAUAUGACUUCUUCAAACAAUCAGUAUUGGAUCCAUCUAUUUUAGCAGAGUGUGGUCUCGACGAUCUCACCAAAGACGUACUUUUGAACAACAUCAAGCGCAAGCUCACCUCGCAGGCAGUGAAAAUCAGAGCAGAUGUUGAAGUAGCUUGUUAUGGUUAUGAGGGAAUAGAUGCUGUCAAAACUGCCCUCAAAGCCGGUUUGGCACUCUCCACGGAAGAAAUUCCUAUCAAGAUCAAUUUGAUCGCUCCUCCCCUUUACGUCAUGACAACAUCGACUCCUGAGAAAGCUGAUGGUUUGAAGGCCCUCAAUAACGCGAUUGAGGUCGUACAAAUGAAGAUUACAUCGCUGGGUGGUGUAUUUAACGUUCAAAUGGCGCCUAAAGUAGUGACGGCUACUGACGAAGCUGAACUUGCUCGACAAAUGGAACGCGCUGAGCUCGAAAACGCCGAAGUCGCUGGAGAUGACGAUGAAGAAGAAGUCGAAGGAAUGGGCGAUUUUAGUGGGGGUGAGGGAGACGAUGAUUUAAAAGCAGAUGACGACGGCCCCGCGGAGGAUGAUUAAAUCGCCACUGCGUGUUUUUUUCUCUCCCAUAAAUAAACAUUUACACAUCGUGGUUCGUGCGCGGUUAUCUAUUUUUUAUUCCCGCUCGAAUAUUUUUCAUUCCUGUGGUUAUAAAAAACUAUAGUGCCGCUGAAAGGUCUGGAUCGAAUGUAUAACGCAAUUUUACAAAUAACAAAAACUUGUAAAAAUAA